UUCUAUUUUUCAAACAUGUUAGGAAAAAAAACCUCUGAAGGUUUGUUUUGGGUUUAUGCAUAUAAAUAUCUAUACUGUAUUCUGGAUAUACCAUAUUCCCAGAUUUAGCUGCCAAAACAAUCGACAGACUUAAAUUUGUAUCAACUCAACAAUAUGUGGGGUUAACUUACUGGUUAAAAGAACAUUAAGAGGUAAGAAAUGGCUUACAUUUCACUUUCCCAUUUGCUGCUAGAAGUCUAACACCCACUAACACUAUCAAUAUUUUGCAGAAUGCUUUUUUCUUUUGUUUCCCCUUUCCUCUUUUACUCUUUCAGCAAAGGAAUGGUAUCCAUUAAACCUCUAACAGAACACACCACAUACUGGGCACUACAGUGUUAAAAGUGCUGCUGGGGUUGUUGGAGUUAGUGGGCAGGUAUUACAAUUCACUGGAGCUGUAAUAGAGGGUAAUGUCACUUUAAGACAUGUGAUACUUUACAGAGGAGGGAUGUAUUGAAAGAGACUAUUGCUACUUAGAGUGCCGUAUAGCAGCCCUGCUCCUACAUUUUGCUGCCUUACUCUGCCCCGAAUGCACUGGAGUGGGGAUGGUCCGUCAUUAACUAUAAACUGAUUCUCAUCAGGAAACUGCACAUUAUCUCACCAUCACUUCAAAGGUCUCGUCAGGCAGAGGUGACGCCAAGAGAUGAUUUAAAGGUGAAAAUGACAAGGUUUCCAGCCCUCAAACCUUGGUUCCUUUUCUGACAAUACAGUCUGAACGAACCCAAUGUCUUCUUUACUGUGGAAAUAGCAUCGGAAGAGAAAAACAUAUAUUUUUUUUUAAUCCUGAUAAAGAAGAUUAUUGGGAAGCUCUUUCAAAAAAAAAAAAAAUCUCGAAUUGUGGCACAGAUGGAUUUUAGAAAGUGUUAGAGCUUUCCAAUGAACACUAAUAGAGUACUCUGCUCCUGGCUGGAUUUUUCAGAAUUUCAAAAAUGGAUUUAUGAUCUCCAGAGCAGUGAUUUUCCCCAUCCCACUUCGUGGCAUGACCUCUGCUGGGUCAUUCAUUCUAGCCAGCAAAGUAGCAAAGGGCCAUGACGUCUGAGAUGCCCCUUUCUCAUCAGUGGGACUGACGGAGCUGGGGGUAAUCCUUCCUGUCUAAUGUUCUCUUUAGAGAAUGGCAAUGGUCUCUGCAAUGUCCUGGGUCCUGUAUUUGUGGAUAAGUACUUGUGCAAUGCUGCUCUGCCAUGGAUCCCUUCAGCAUACUUUCCAGCAGCAUCACCUGCACAGACCAGAAGGAGGGACAUGUGAAGUGAUUGCCGCACACAGAUGUUGUAAUAAGAAUCGCAUUGAGGAGCGGUCACAAACAGUCAAGUGUUCCUGUCUACCUGGGAAAGUGGCUGGAACAACAAGAAACCGACCUUCCUGUGUUGAUGCCUCCAUAGUGAUUGGGAAAUGGUGGUGUGAGAUGGAGCCUUGUCUAGAAGGAGAAGAAUGCAAAACACUCCCUGAUAAUUCUGGAUGGAUGUGUGCUACAGGCAAUAAAAUUAAGACCACAAGAAUUCACCCAAGAACCUAACAGAAGCAUUUGUUAUAGUAACAAAGGAAAACCAACUCUGCGGAAAAUACAUUUUAAGAAUUUAAAACAUCUUAUACAUUAGAAGCCAAAUGGAUUUCUUAUUUGCACUUUGACUGAUUACCAGAUAAUCACAGUGCUUUUACUGUGUGUCACAAAGUAUCCUAUAGUGAGAAGACCCAGAGUUUGGGGCAACACCAUGGAAAGUAGGUUAAAAAAAAAAAAGGAUUUUCUCAAUGCAAAUUUUUGGGAUUAUGAAGAAUGAUCAACUAUCUUCUAAUUUGGAUCUAUAGUUACUUUAUACCAUUUGAAAUAUAUGUAUAUAUAUAAUAUUUUGAAAUAUUAUAUAUUCUCUUCAAAAAAUGAACAGUACCACAGUUUGAGGCGGCUGGUGUACCUCUUUGAGUUUAGGGAUGUUUUGUUUUGUUUUCUUGUCAUUUCUUUUUCUAUCAGCAAGGAAAACAUGUGCCCUUUUGAGAGGUCAACUUGGCACUCACACGGGAAGGCCAGCUACAGGUGGACUCCUGGAAUCUGAGGCGUCAUAACAAUAUGAAUCAAGAGCGUCCUUCUGUUUCUACCAGAUGGCUCAAGGAAGUACAUCAUCCUGUUUUAUUGCUUUCUACCCUGUGCAAUAUCCGCAUGCAAGCUUGGCUUACAUAACCAUCCUUUAUAUUCAAUUGAUCUAUAAUAACCAUUCUAACCUCUUCCAGGAAAAUAUUUUUAGAACUACUAGUUUUUCCACAGAUAAGAAAAAAAUGAGGAUUUUUGAGGGAGCCGCUCGAUGCUAUAGAGACUCUGGCAGAGUUAUGGUAGAAUAUGGAUCCCUGCAUUAAGUUUUGUAAAUACAAUGUCUUAAGGCUUUGUAUAGCUGUCCUAGACUGCAGAAAUGUCCUCUGAUUAAAUCCAAAGUCUGGCAUCAUUAAGUACAUAGUGCUGUAGCAACAAGUCUUUUCAUGGCACCUCUUUCUAUGUUUGAUUCGCUUUUUCUAAGACUAUUUCCGAUCUCUUCUGGUAAGAUGGGAAGACCAUUAAAGCAAUUAGGUUUCAGAAUGAUCUCUGUGACCAAAUGUUGGACAGCCCUAUUAAAGUGGUAAAUAACUUCUUUAUAAAUCUACUUGUCCUCUUUAUUUGCCAUUUGUUUUUCCUGAAUCAACUUUAGCCAGAUCCAGAGAACACCCACCUAGGAACACGCUGUCUGCCACAAUAUUUUGCAUGAGUCACUGCUACUAUUACAAGCAGUGUUUGCAAUUCUAAUAAUUUGAAAACUAGAAGUGCAUUACUAUAAGUUCAGUGUCUCCAGCCAGCAAGAUGAAAUGUCAACUCCUAUUAUCAGGCUUCUGUAGUGAUCACUUAGAUGAUAUACACUAGGCUCACCUUCCAAAAAAUAAAUGUGUCCAUCUUCUUUUUAUGAGCACUACUCAGCUGAUGCUUAUAAGAAGGAACUAUCUACUUAAAAGUGUUCUAGUUGACCUGGUAAAGUGUGAUAGUACUAAACAUUCCUGUUGUUUACCCUAUCAUAUUGCAAGUGUAUGUGAUUGUUCUCCAAAUAUUUUUCUCCAGAAUACAUGUUAUUAUGGGCUGUUAUUAGAUCAAGCAGCUCAGUGGGUCCCUUAGGAUGGAUUUUUUUAACUUAAACUUUCAGGUAAAUCCAGAAGCUCCUUCAUCUCUAUCAAUAUACCUUGAAGUCUGAUUGAAUGUAUAAACAUUCUCACAAAGUAGAUUUAUUCUGCAUCUGGAAUGCCUACAAAAGUAACCAAAAAUGGAAAUGGAAUCCUCAUUGCAAAAUCUGAGCUUCACAAAUACUUUUACAGAUAUUUGCCAAAAGGCCAGUAAAAUUCUUAUCAACAAACCAGAAUUCAUUAAAUAUUAUGGUCUUUAUCCAUGUAUCAAGUAAUACUUUAAAUAUUGAUUUUCAUCUGUAAAUUUGAGAAUAAAAAUUGAAAUCAUUUUUUUUUUCUUUUUUUGGCCUCCCUGUGGCAUAUGGUGUUGUCCAGGCCAGGGAUCAGAUCCAAGCUGCAGUUGUGACCUAUGAUGCAGUUAUGGCAAUGCAGGAUCCUUGUGGGCCAGGGAUCAAACCUGCAUCCUGGUGGCAGAGACACUGCUGAUCCCAUUGUGCCACAGCAGGAACUCCAAAAGUGAAAUAUUAAACCCAAAGUCUUAUCUAAAACCAUACAUCCUAAAAUGUAGAAGAAAAAAAUUUACAAUCAAAUAUAUUAGGAGGCAAAAUAGUAAUAUUUACUGAGGGAUUCUCAGAGCCUUUAAUAUAUCAAAAUAUCCUGUGUGUCUUCAAGAAAGACUAAAUCAGGGGAAGCCUAGUAAAAAACUUCCAGAAUCCAGGCAUGUUGGAUGGUUUCUUGAGUAAUAGAAAAUUCAUUGCCUGCCUAAUGGGAAGCUGCAAGAAAUUAUUUUUGGGAGUUUCCUGGUGGCCUAGCAGUUAAGGACUCAGCAUUGUCACUGCUGUGGCUUGGAUUAUUGCUUUGGCUUGGGGAUCCCUGGCUCAAGAACUUCCAUAUGCCACAGGAAUAGUCAAAAGAAAAAGGUAUUAUUUCUGUAUGAGGAUCUAUUCACUGCAUUGUCAUGCCUUGACUUUUUCAAGAGAAUCAGAAAUCUUGAUUUUUACAUUUAACAUCCUAACAUCCUUAAGAUUAACCAAAAUGAGAUUAUUUCCAUAAAAAAAAAAACCCUCUGCAAGCGCUAUUAUUGCCCAAGAUGUCCGGACUAUGUGGCCUUUUCUAUGAGAUGAGUGUUUUCCAGAAUACCCUUUGAAAAGUGUUGAUCCUGAAUAAAAAUCCAAUGACAAGAAAAAAGGAUAUUCUCUUUUCUAUGGCCUCAACAUAUAGGCUAUUCUUAUAAUUUACCAUAUGUGGGGCUUACAGAUUUUUCUUUUCUGCAAGCAAAGCCUGUAAGUCAAUGGAGGAGCUAGUCUAGAAAUCCAGGUCUGUUGGUUCAUUUCCUUUUGGUCACAUGAUGCAAUAGCUUUCCUGGAAAGACCCAAAAGAAGAGAGAAGAGGAAAAAAGCCCACAUGAGAAUCAAGCAGCCAUCCAAUAAAACUGUGCAAAUAUUUGUAAAUGUCAUCAAAUUCAGUUUCAAGUUAUCCGAGUCACUUAACACAAAUGUGUGAACCAUCAACUUGUGUUUAAAUUGAAUGUGCACCAGUUUAGGAAAUUUUCAGUAGCUACCAUCUGCCUAUUGAAUCUGAACAUUUAUGGUUUAAAAACUUGUAUUACGUAUUUCUAGUUAAUAAAGAGCUCAGUGUGGUAUGAC